AUGAACACGUCGCUCAUCGGCCUUAUCUAUCAGCUCCCAACUUUUCGGGUAUCGCAGAUCUACCCCCUUUCCAUCCGUGCCUUCGCCAUGUCCACAGCCUCCUUUCACGCUCUUCGUGCCAAAUAUAGUUCAGCCCUAGCACGUUUCAGCCCAUCGACGAGGACCUUCGAGAUUUUGUCCUCAGUCUCAGCCGAACGCUUCCAACAAUCAUCCCCAGAAGUUCUGUUCGUGUUGGAUUCGUCCUUCAACCCUCCGACUCUUGCCCACUGUCACAUUGCCAGCUCGGCAUUGUUAGAAGAUCCAGACCGUCCAUCUCGGCUCCUACUGCUCUUAGCCACCCAGAAUGCAGACAAGCCUUCCAAGCCUGCCAAGUUCGAGGACCGUCUGGCCAUGAUGGAGUUGUUUGCCCGACAUCUCCUAUCGUACACGGAGACGCUCCUACCGGUCCCGGAGCGCCAGCGUCUUCCCGGCAUCGAUAUCGGGGUCACCAAGAAACCGUAUUUCGUGGACAAAGCAGCCGACAUUGAUGCCGGCAGCGUUUACCCGCCGUCACUUGAGCAGGUUCAUCUGACGGGCUUUGACACAUUGGUCCGCAUCUUCAACCCCAAGUACUAUCCACCUGAGCAUACCUUGCAACCCCUGGAACCGUUCCUUUCGCACCACCGGCUCCGAGUCACGUUGCGCCCGGACGGCGAAUGGGGCGGUCGCGAGGAGCAAGAGGCUUUCCUUCUCACCUUGGCCCAAGGAGGCCGCGAACAUGAGGGCGGGAAGCGUGAAUGGGCCCAACGUAUUCAGUUGGUUGAAGGGAGGAGACCGGGUGGUCCGUCGGUGAGCUCUACCCAGGCGCGACAGGCUAUUGAGAACGGUAACCCCCAAGAUCUGGAUUGGCUGGUUCCCUCCGAUGUCCGGAAUUUUAUCCUAUCGGUUGAGCCGUACACCAAGUAA